AUGUCCCACAAGGCCGUCGUCGCGGACGGCAAGCGGAGCGAGGGUCCAAGCGAGUACAUGGGCAAGUGCCUCAGUGCCGACGGCGGCGUCUACUCCGUCGAGCUGCUCUCCGACCCGCCGCGUGAGCUCGAGCUGAGCCACUCGCUGCUGUGGCAGUGGGCGGUGGCGCCGUCGAUGAAGCCGAAGCGCCUCUCCGGCGACGCGGUGCGCAUGGAGGUCGGCGACCGCUGCAUCGUCGCCAUCUGGGACGAGCGCGGCGGCGAGGUGGAGAGCGUGCAGCUGCUUCGGCGUAUGGCGGGCCGCAUCGCCGACCGCGCGUCUGCGGUGGCGGGGCAGAUCGAGCCCGACGAGGCCUUUCGCGCGGUCGCCGGCUCGCGCCUCUUCCUCAAGGUCUCUGAGAUACUCGGCGCGCACCAGCUGCCGCCGCUCGGCGAGCGCGUUGAGUUUGUGCUCGCGCCAAACCCCGAGCGGGCGGACCGGCUGUGGGCGUCCGAGGAGCCGGUGCGGAACGGGUACCUGCCCGGCCGGCGCAUCUACGUCGGCAACCUGCCUCCCGAAGUGACGUGGCGCGAGCUCGGCCACUUCUUCACCGAGGCCAAGAGCGGCCCGCUCCUGCACGUGGUGACGCCGCUCGACGCUCGCGGCCGUCCGCGCGGCUUUGGCGUCGUCGAGCUCCCCACAACAGAGGCAGCGGCCGCCGCUCUGAGGGCGUUUGCGGGCGGCGCGGAGCUGCGCGGCUCCCGCGUGAUCGCGCGGGACGACACUGCGCUCGUGCAGGCGGCGGGCAGCACGACCGUCUACGUGAGCAACCUGGCGCCCACAACCACGUGGCAGGCCCUCGCGGAGCACUUGCGGAUGACCGAAGGGGCGGCGCAGGUCCCCGUCGACGGCAGCGGCCGCCCGAUGGGGUUCGCGAUGGUGGUGCUGCGGGACCCGUCCGCCGCAGAGGCGAUGAACCUUCCAUGA